GUAACCUUUAUCGAAUAAAUUUUACCUUCCUUCCAUGUAGUGAAUACAAAGGAAACGCAACGCAGUUACACGAAGUGAAACCCAAUUUGUAUUUAUAAAAAAAAUCUGCGAGAUUUUUGGUUUUUCAUUUGAAGAUCGAUCGUUUGGAUCCCCACCCGAGCGUCACCACCGCCGCAUCGCCUCCUCGUGUGAACCUCUCCGUAGUUCUGUUUUCGUCCUCUUCGUUGUGGUGUCGCUCUGUUCGGUGGAUAGACGCGUGUCGGUAGCUGUGUGUACCUAGUAAAGUCGGUGAAAUUUGUUGAGAAAGUCGUCUUUGAGUGCAUCAGGGUGGCAUUCCAAGGGUCGCAGACACACCCCGAAGUGGCGGCAGCAUCCCCUUGGGUGCGCAUCGAGGGUGCAAGUGCAUCAGCCCGACCCCCAACCACCCCCAUAAUUAAUGGAAACGGGUCGUUCACGACCCGACCCCCCGGGUAAAAACAACCACCAAACUGGAACUCAUGGAAUUGGAAAAUAUCGUCGCCAACACAGUCUAUCUAAAAGCGAGAGAGGGUGGUUCCGAUAGUAAUAAAGGCAAGAGCAAAAAGUGGAGGAAGAUUCUGCAGUUUCCCCAUAUCUCGCAGUGUAUAGAUCUUAUCAACAAAAUAGAUGUUCGCUACGAGUACGUGGUGGACCAGCAGCCCAUCGGAAAGCUCUUGUUCGAGCAGUGGUGUGAAGUGAAGCGUCAUGAAUACCACCGCUGUGUCAAGUUCCUCGACAUCGCCAAACGCUAUGAAGUCGAAACGGACGAACAACGGUUGGAGUUGGCAAACGCCAUCAAAAAAGAAUUCAUGGUCGGCGCGGAGGGGGAGGAAAAUAUUUCGCUUCCGGAAGUCGGACUUGUGCUUUCCAUGAGUGAUAAACUAACAAACGGACAUAAAGACUUAUUCGCACCGUGCGUGCAAGCGGUUAAGGCCUGUCUAGCGGGCGAACCCUUCAGGGAAUUCACUAAUUCUAUGUAUUUUCAUCGGUACCUGCAGUGGAAGUGGCUGGAAGCGCAACCGGUCACUUACAAGACUUUUAGGAUGUAUCGCGUCUUGGGCAAGGGCGGAUUCGGAGAGGUCUGCGCUUGUCAGGUGCGAGCGACUGGUAAAAUGUACGCGUGUAAAAAGCUGGAAAAGAAACGGAUAAAGAAACGCAAAGGCGAAGCGAUGGUUCUGAUCGAGAAGCAGAUAUUGCAAAAGAUCAAUUCACGAUUUGUUGUGAAUCUUGCCUACGCUUACGAAACGAAAGACGCCCUUUGUUUAGUGUUGACGAUAAUGAAUGGGGGCGAUUUAAAGUUUCACAUCUACAACAUGGGUGGAGAACCGGGACUGGACAUUGCGAGGGCGCGAUUUUACGCAGCUGAAGUCGUCUGUGGACUUGAUCAUUUGCAUCAGCAGGGCAUUGUAUAUAGAGACUGUAAACCCGAAAACAUUCUUCUCGACGAUGCAGGUCACGUAAGGAUCUCAGAUUUAGGUUUAGCCGUAGACAUCCCUGAAGGAGAAUUCGUUAGAGGUAGAGUCGGCACUGUAGGCUACAUGGCACCUGAAGUUAUAGAUAACGAACGUUACACAUUCAGUCCCGAUUGGUUCAGUUUCGGUUGUUUGUUGUACGAAAUGAUUGAAGGCCAGGCACCGUUCCGAGCGCGUAAAGAAAAAGUUAAACGUGAAGAAGUGGAUCGACGAGUGAAGUCCGACCAGGAGAAAUACUCGUCGAAAUUCAGUGAAGAUGCCAAAUCUUUGUGCCAACAAUUACUAGCCAAAAGUCCCGCACAGAGACUGGGGGGCAAAGCGGGACGAUAUGGGGCUGCUGUAGUCAAACAACACGCUUUUUUUCAGAGUCUUAAUUGGAGGAGACUCGAGGCAGGGAUGGUCGAACCCCCUUUCGUACCAGAUCCUCAUGCGGUUUACGCCAAAGACGUGCUCGAUAUCGAGCAGUUUUCCACCGUCAAAGGCGUGAAUAUUGACGAGAACGAUUCCUCGUUUUAUAGCAAGUUCAACAGUGGUUGUGUGUCCAUACCAUGGCAAAAUGAAAUGAUAGAAACAGACUGCUUUAGACAAUUAAAUGUGUUUGGUGCGAACAGUACGAGAAGCAGCGAUUUAAUACUUCAACCCGUCACGACGACAGAAAACGAAGGUUGCUUUCCUUUCCGACGAAAGAAGAAACAGCUGCCUAGGACCAAGCCUAUCCCCAUAAACCCCUCCUUGUUACCUCAAAUGACAGAGAGCUGAUGCCUCUAAUAAUUUAAUUCAAUGUCAACACACUUUCCUCCCCAACGUCUCAUAUUCGUCUUCCCUGAAAUUUACGCACGACGAUUGUUACAUUUUUUGUAUAUAUUUAAGUGUUGAAAGCAUGCACAAUGCCAUUUUGGUAGAUGAUAUAUUUUUUAUAAGUUUAUUUUUUUGCGUGAGAUUACUUUCGGGAGUCAUCUACUGAUGUGGAAACGGUUAGUUACACAGCUUCCGUGAUAGAUAGACAGUUAAUUAAAACGUCUAUAUAUCAUGAAGGCUGUGGUUAGUUGUCUCAAAAACGUAUUUGAAUGUUGUUUUGUUUUCAUUCCACAAUCACGUCACCUAAUGGAUUAGAUAAUUGAUGUAUUUCAAGAAGGAAGAAAAAAGACCUUUUAUAUUAUUUUAUUGUGAUAUUUUAUCUGUGUGUUUGUGUCUACCAGGACUUGAUUUCAACGGCCCAAUAAUAAAGUUCAAAACAGAUUUUAACUUGCCCAAGAAUUUGUCUACAUUAAGCUCAAAUAUUAGGAUAGAAAUCCAUUAACUUUCAAUUGUAUGUAUAAGCAGUUUGUAUUGUUUUUUUAUUUAAUUUAUACAUUUUUUGAGCGACUGUUUUUUGUAAAUUCGUUGGUCCGUCACUGUGAGAUCAUUAAACAGAGUGAAUUUAAAAAAAAACGUCCAAACGUUUGUAUGUAUACUCCAGGAAACAAUUCCUGACUCACGUUGACUGUCCAACCAAACUUUUUUUUAAAUUAUGCCUGUUUUGACUUUGUAUUGAAAUGAUUUUUGAUAAUUAAUUAAACAUCUAAAUCAUAA